AUGCCCAAGCCUGAUCUACUCUGUUUGGUUCAACUACUGGACAACACUAUCCAGACCUUUACAGUCAAUGUGAGUAUACACAGACACACACUCUCUCCUGAUGUGCAGAGAUCAUAUGUAGUUCCUAUCCAUCUCUGUAGAGUGGUAAUGAUAGCAGUGUCAGAAGGGCAGACCGGGAGACUCAGAUCUCAGCUUCCCAUUGAUCUCAACACACAACCUUGACCUGGAGAACACACUCAUUAGAGAAGCUUUACCAAACCAUACUGUACUACAAUAUCACAUACACACACACACACUGAGUGACUCCCAGUAUAAGGUGUGUUUUGCAUCUCUCAGAAGCAGGAUGCAGGGGAGGUUCUGCUGGAGCAGGUGUGUAACCAGCUGGGUCUGCUGGAGAGACACUUCUUCAGUCUGCAGCUACGAGACUCCAACACCACCAUCGUUGCUCAAACACACUCUCCUGUGAGCAGCUACACACACAAGCAGCUACACACGCACGCACAUAUAAACACACUCUAGUGAGUAUCUACACUAACACAGCGCACACACACUCUUUCUCUAGUGAGUAUCUACACUAACACAGCUCACACACACUCUUUCUCUAGUGAGUAUCUACACUAACACAGCUCACACACACUCUUUCUCUAGUGAGUAUCUACACUAACACAGCUCACACACACUCUUUCUCUAGUGAGUAGCUACACACACACUUAGUGAGUACUCUAAAACGUACACAACAGAUGGUGAAUGUAGCAGAAUGUCUUUGAUUAACAUAGUUUGUUUGUCUUGCAGAGGUGGCUAGAGGCCAACAAACCACUGAAGAAGCAGCUGAAAGGUAAGAAACACUAA